AUUAAUUUCUUUUCAGUUCGUUUAGAUUACCACAGAUUAAGGAAAAUUUGGUUUUAAUCGAUCCUUUAAGCAUACAUUCAAUGGCUUCUACUUCAGUUUCAUCCAUUCAACAGAGGUUCAAGUACGAUGUCUUUUUGAGUUUCAGGGGUGAAGACGUCCGCAAAACCUUUGUUGAUCAUCUCUAUCAUGCUCUUGUCAAAAAAGGCAUUAUUACUUACAAAGACGAUGAAACAAUCAAGAAAGGGGAAAGGAUCAGUGAGCAGCUGAUGAGAUCCAUCGAAGACUCUAGAUUUUACAUAAUUGUAUUCUCCAAGAACUAUGCAUCUUCAUCAUGGUGCUUAGACGAGCUAGUCAAGAUUAUGGAGUGCCAGAAGAUGACGGAGCAUACUGCCUACCCCGUUUUCUUUGACGUGGAACCCACUGAAGUGCGCCACCAAAGUGGGGCAGUUGGAGAAGCCUUUGCAAAACAUGUAAGAGGUAGUUGGAGCUCUGUUCUACCUCUGGACUGUCUUUGUUCUAUUGUAGAAUCUUGCUGCAACAAAUCUUCUGCUUCGUUGAACGGAUCCACAGUAGAUCUGGAAAAUGAUGAUAAUGUUGGAAGGUGGAGAAAUGCUAUGAAGGAAGCAGCUGGCCUGGCUGGGUUGGAGUUGAAGAACACUUUCAAUGGACAUGAAGCAAAUUUCAUUCAACAAAUUGUUGAAGAGGUUUCGCUAAAGCUACAUCUCUUUAAUUCAAUCAUUGAUGACAAGUUAGUAGGCAUGGUGACCCCGGUAAAGGAUGUAGUUUCAUCAUUAGAAAUUGAUUCCGAUGAUGUUCGUAUGAUAGGGAUUUGGGGGAUGGGAGGUGGUGGUAAGACGACUUUGGCAAGAGCUGUUUUUGAUUCUAUAUCCAUUUUGUUUGAAGCUAAAUGUUUCGUUGAGAAUGUCAGGGAAGGUUCAAAAGGCUCUAGUUUGAAAGAGUUGCAAAAAAAGGUACUUCAAAGUGUGUUAAAUGAUAAAAGCAUCGAGGUAGAAAGUGUUUAUGAUGGGAAAAGUCUGAUGAAAAGGAUGUUGUGUAGUAGAAAGGUUCUGCUUGUUCUAGAUGACGUGGAUGAUACAGAGCAACUUGAGGCGUUAGCUGGUAAACCUACUUGGUUUAAGCCAGGAAGUAGAAUCAUCACUACAACAAGGGAUAAGCAAGUGUUGAAGGCACACCAAGUGAACUUUAUUCCCCAAGUGCACUUUAUUCAUGAUGUCAGCCUGUUAUCGCAUGAGGAAGCAAUUUGCCUCUUCAGCAGGUAUGCAUUUGGGAGAGAGACUCCGAAUCAAGGGUAUGAUGAGCUAUCCAGGAUGGUUGUACGUUAUGCCAAUGGUCUUCCCACUACUAGAAAACUGAGAAUUUCCUACCCAAAUUUCCGACCAAAAAAAAUUUAGUCGGAAAUUCCGACCACUUACCGACAAACUUCCGACUAGAAUAAAAAUAAAAUAUUAGCAACAAAUUUCCAACUGUUUACCGACAAAGAAAAAGGUUGUCGGAAAUUUGAAGGAGAGUUCCGACAAAAUUCCGACAAAAAAAUCCAAGAAAAACGAAAAAAGAAAUUGGUUGGAAAGUGGUCGGAAAUUUCCGACAAUUUUCCAACAAAACCUUUAUUUUUUAUUUAAUUAUACUUAGUUACACGUAUGCAUUUGAAUGUAUUUCCUUGUGUCUUUAUGUAUGAGUAUGUAUAUAUAGUUAUAGAAUAAUAAAAAUGUAACACCCCAGCCCGGUUCUGGGCUGACGUGUCACUAUUACAGAAUCA